GACUUGAGAUUUGUUAAGAAACACUAGAGUAAUGGAAAGAUUACGUAUUAUUCGAAUGUUUCCGACGUGUUUUCUUGUUGUUAUUAUUUUGGUUCUAAACUUUAAAUUAAUUCGGACAAAAAGUAAUGACCCAGCAAUCGGAAGAUGUCCGAACGGAUAUAUUUUUAACACGGACGGAUUAUGCUAUCCAAAAGAAAUUUCAAUUAAUAGAUGUCCAGAGGGAUAUAUUCUAAACACGGACGGCUUGUGCUAUCCAAAAGAAAGUUCGAUUAAUAAAUGUCCAGAAGGAUAUAUUCUUUACUCGGAUGGAUUAUGCUAUCCAAUAGUAACGAAGCCAUGUCCGUUUGAUAAAGCAAAUGAAUCGAAUGCAUCAUUGUCAACAACCAUUGCUACUCCUAUUGCAAAAACAACGUAUUCGCCCGUUGAACUAAAGGAAUUGCGUUGUCCCCAGGGUUCAAUUAUGAUUAAAAAUAAAUGCCGUAAAAUUAUUUGCACCUUGGGAGAAUACUACAGAGGUACGUGUCUGAACCCGGUGUGUCCAUUUGGAUUGGUAUGGCGUGGUAAAAAAUGUCAAGAGCCUGGAUAUCUGACAACAGUGAUUGAAAUCGAUAAUGAUUUCGUUAAUGAAGUGAAUGAGAAACCAAUUGCCCUAGCACUGAACCAGAAAAAUCAGGUUAUAUAUCACACAUCAACGACAACAACUACUCACAAGCCGUCCACUACUCGAUUUAUGCAUCUAAACAAAACGACCAUCAGGCCAUCAUUCAUAACAAAAUCGACCACAGCCAGCGAUGUCUGCUGUAAAGUGUUUACCCCACGAAUUUGCAAAUUAUAUGAAGGGAAGUGGCUGUGCUUUAAUCGAAAAUAUCAACGUUGUGAUAGACGCAUUUGUUCAUCACCAGUUAUAUAUCUGAAAGCUCCUGAAAUUAAGCACGAACCUCCAAUACUUGUAAUGUCCCCCAAUCCUCAACUGACCAGCUGUGAAACCGAUGAUUGUCGCAAUAAUUCAAAUGUUGACUGUUCUGGAUGUCCAACUCUUCGUUCUGAAAAUUGUUCUCCAUAUUGUUACAGGUCCAUUUGUUCAAAUGCCACAUGUACUUUUAUGGAUUUGAAUGAAUAUUGCAGUUAUUAUCCCGGACAAAACGGAUGUUUACCAAAUGACGGCUGUCUAUGGAAUUGGUGCAAAGCAAAUACAUAUAAAAUAAAACAAGCCAAAUGAAUCCAAAUAAAUCAAAUUAUUAAUUAA